AUGUCAGACCCCAGCAAAACUCGAAAAGCUGCCCCACAAUACAAAACAGACUGGAGAAAACCAUUGACAAAUCCUGCAGUUGUAAAGUACACACGAGAAGCAAUUUUUUCCUAUUUUCACGCACCUGAAAGCCCUGUAUUCCCUCAAGCUGAUGGUCUUGAUCUUUUGAUAUCUUUAGAAGGCAUGUAUUAAAAUGGUGAAUCAACCUGCUAUUAAUUUCUGUAGCGGGGGCCUUAAUGGGUGCAGGGACAUUGAGGAAUAAAGGCGUCGGUGUGUGUUUCGGCUUGGUUUUUACUGGCGCAGGUUGAGUGGGUUUACUAACUUCAAUCCUGGGAUCUAAGGGAAAUGGGACACGAAGUUGGAAAGGGUUCUCUUUAACACUGCUAGAGGGUGUUCUUGCCCAAUCGGGAUACCUAUCCUCCGGGAUACUGAUCAUUUGUCCCAGACUUUGAGUUUACAUUUUUACCAUUAGCCUACAGAAAAUAAGACUUUUUGAAUUUUCUACGAAAGUAAACUCUUUGACACGCGGCAUAGCGACACAAUCAUUCUAGCUUCAGGAACUAAGUGCAGACCUAAUUGAAUGAGUAAUACAGUUCAAGGUUGUAUGCGGAUUCGUGAGCAAGCCGAGGAGCGUUAUGGUAUAAAUUCCUUCAGAACACAUUACAGUAGACUUAUAAAUAUAAUUAAUGAUUAACGGCAUCUUUAGAAUGCUUAGCUCCUCUUUUAUCUUCAAAUGCAGCUUUUUCCACUCCAUUAGGAUCCAAUAUAAAUAGCCGGCCUCCUCCUGUGAAACGAGAGUUCAAGGAGCAAGUCCCUGAGUGGUUUACAGAAGAAAACCCUCUCAAGGAAGAAGAGACUGCAAAACAAUCAAGUCCUGUGGCACAAGCUGAAGAGGAAACCGCAAAAAAGACAGAAGCUGAAAAACAGCCUGUACAGAUCACUCUGUCUACUGUAGGGAAUAUCAAGAACUUGCCUGAAGAAUUCCAAGGGCUUUCAAUUGACGAAGAAUUUAGUAAGGUUGACGAGGAGUUCGAAAAGAAGCAGAAAAUUGUGGAAGAGGACGAAGAAAUCCCUGAGUGGGAUGACCCUGAGCCAGAAAAGCCCUACUCGCCUGAGAUAAAGGCGCAGCCAAUUACUAUAGUGUGUUACCCUUUAGGAUUAGUCCAGAUGCAGCUGCAAGAAGGAAACCCGUUUGCCGCCAUUAUAUAUGAAAACUGUACAGUGGACGAGCAGCAACGAGUCAUCCCGAUCCCAAAUUCAAUUGCAUAUGAAAAAGUCUGGUAUUAUAAGGAUCCUCGGCAAACUGUGCAAGGGCCUUUCAGCACUAUUGAGAUGUUUAAUUGGAGUUCUGCAGGGUAUUUUGAUAGUAACCUUAUGAUUGCUCAUAGCAAUGCUUCACACUUCGCUCCUCUUUUAUAUUACACUUUGAGGCAGCAGGCAAAAAUGAGGGAGCAGGCUCAGACAAAGCAAACUGGGAAAGAUGAAGAAGCCACAAAUAGCUUGAAAUCAAUGCUGGGGUUAGGGCAGGCUGAAAAAGGAGCGUGGGGUCCAAAACCAACAAACAAUGUAGCACCAUUAACAGAAAUUCAAAGACAGCAGGCUAGAGGAAAGCGCUAA